GCGCUUGGCACUCCACCUGGAAAUGUGUUCUUUCACCAUCUGUCCAGCAUAUAGUCACCAAAAUUUCCGGAACGACGGAUCGAGGAAUGAGGAACGAGAAACAAAGAACAGCGUUUGGGAUGGAUUUUUACACUGCAGGAACGAAAAUAUUCACGGUUCCCAUCCCCCGAAAUCUCGGCUUCAUACACUUCCUUGUAUUCUGCCAGGGCCCUACUUCAGGUUCCGCCAAAUUUGAGGAGAUAUUCUCACACGACAAUAUCUCUUUGAUAUAUAUAAAAAAUCCAGUCUUUGCUGAGUUGUGACACACUGUUUCGGUGUUGAUUAGUACAAGGAUAUCUAAAGCGGAAGCUGCUGAUACGGGAAGAUCUCCGUCUCCCCGGACUCUUGCGCGCACCCCGCAUGUGCGCCGCUGCCAGUGGCUGUGCCUGUGCUCGUCGGAUCGGAGGGAUUAGGGAAGGGAGCAGUCGUCAGUAGUGAACCCCAGUGGAGCUGUCGCACACCACCGUACGCUUCGCUCACUUGAGCAGCAACAGCAGCCAUCGAGCGCCCAGGCGAGGCGAGGAGGCUACGCUACUUAGAGCCACACACCGAGACGCCAGCCACGAGCGGAAGCGCCGAAGCGGAUGGCCGCCGCCGCGGGGGACGAGCCGCGCGCCCGCGGCUGCCACAUUGUGGCGGUGCCCUUCCCGGGCCGCGGCCACGUCAACGCCAUGAUGAACCUCAGCCGCCUCCUGGCCGCGCGCGGCGCCGCGAUCACCUUCGUCGUCACCGAGGAGUGGCUCGGCAUCAUCCGCUCGUCCUCCUCCUCCUCCCCGGCCGGCGGCGUCCGCCUGCGCACCAUCCCCAACGUCAUCCCCUCCGAGCACGGCCGCGCCGCCGACCACUCGGGCUUCCUCGACGCCGUCGCCACCGAGAUGGAGGCGCCCUUCGAGCGCCUGCUCGACGGGCUCGAGGGACCGCCGCCCGCCGCGCUCGUGGCGGACGCCUACGUCCCCUGGGUCGUCGGCGUCGGCAACCGGAGGGGCGUCCCCGUCUGGCUGCUCUUCCCCAUGGCCGCCACCUUCUUCUACGCCUACUACCACUUCGACCGCCUCCCGGCCUGGCUUACCGGCGACGGCGAGCAAGCGCCGGACUCCGGUGAGACUGUAGAUAAAUCUGAUCAGAUACUUGGGCACCAUAUCUCCAGUCAAGCUUCAAGUUCGAUAAGGUUGUCUGAUCUUGAGCCCUUAAUUCACAACAAGAGAGCAGUAAAGCAUAUCCUAUCAGCGAUCUCAAGCGUUAGAAAUGCUCAGUGCCUCCUUUUCACCACCAUGUAUGAGCUUGAGGCCAGUGUCAUCGACUCACUACAGCCAGUACACUCUCGCCCAGUGUACCCAAUCGGUCCUUGUGUUCCCUACAUGACACUUGAAGACCACCGGACCCUGAGCAAUGGGGAUACCAGCCAAGUAGACUACUUCACAUGGUUGGAUUCUCAACCUGUAAACUCAGUGUUAUAUGUGUCCCUUGGAAGCUUUGUCUCAGUGUCAGCCGCUCAGCUUGACGAGAUUGCGUUGGGGCUAGCAGCAAGUGAGGUCAGGUUCUUGUGGAUUCUUCGCGAACAAUCCCCUCGGGUGCGCGAAGUCAUUGGUGAUACUGAUAAGGGGAUGAUACUGCCGUGGUGUGAGCAGCUGAAGGUUUUGUGCCAUUCAUCUGUUGGGGGCUUCUUAUCCCAUUGCGGGUUGAACUCGACACGUGAAGCCAUCUUUGCUGGUGUACCCAUACUUGCCUUACCACUAUUCUUUGAUCAACCGCUUGAUGGCCGAUUAAUUGUGGAAGAGUGGAAGAUUGGCCUGAACUUGAGGGAUUGUGCUAGCAAGGAUGGUCUGAUUGGGAGAGAGGAUAUUGCACGGGCUGCAAAGAGGCUGAUGUCUUCUGAUGAACCUGAGACAAAGGCAGUGAGGAGAUGUGCUCUUGAGUGGAAAGAAGUUUCUCGCAAAGCAGUUGACAAGGGUGGAUCUUCAUACCGCAAUCUGAGUGCAUUGAUGGAGAUGGCAUGUUCUUCAGCAUAAUUGGAAUCAGUAUGGUAUGUGCUGAAACCGAUCUCGUCAUACUCUAAUGGUGUUGUAAUCAUCAGUGUUUCAAAUACGGAUGCUACAAUCAUCCCUCUUUAAAAUUCAUGCGAUUUCUGAAAGGUGAAAGGUGACGCACAUAAUCACCUUUACUUAUGAUUUGUUCGACAUACAAACCAGUUCUUUUCUCAGAGUUUCAUUUGGAUUGUACUACUACUAUGGCUCUCUGUCAUCUUUUAAAGAAACAACAGUACUUACUUUUAGA